AAGCCCGGCGCGCCGGUAUAAAUUGCCUCGGCGGAGCUCUGUCACGGUGUUGUGCGGCCGCGGGUCGGGGUUAGGGUCUGCGUCUGCACCGGGUCGUAGAGUGCUCUUCACCGGACUGCCCACCGAGGAUGCAGCUGGGCGAGCCGCUGCUGGCGGCGGCAGCGGCGACCCUGCCGGGAGCUCCCUUCUACCCGCUGGAGAGCAGUGGGCGCGGCGGUGGGACUGGAGCUGGGACCGGGACAGGCGGUGCGUCUCGCGGGCCUCCCCGGCCGGGCUCACCACAACGACUCGACAUUGACAAGACGCCCAAGAAGUUCGGAGCGGCCCCCACCAUGCUGGGCGAGGCGGAUGCGGGCGAGCCGCCCUUCGCCGCCCCGAAGCCGGACGGCCGCAAGGCCACCCCCUGUGGGGAGGAGGAGCUGCCCCCUGCCGCCGCUGGCCCCCGCUAUCCCAUGGACAGUCUCAGCCCCGAGCGCUACUACCUGCAGUCUCCCGGGCCUCCCGGGGCCGAGCUAGGGGGGCCCUGCGCCCUCUUUCCCUACCCGCCGGCGGCGCAGCACGGAGCCGUUUACCAGCCGCCCGGAGGACCGCGCUACCCCUACGGCUCGGUAUUGUCUCCGGGCGGUUUCGCCGGCACCGUCUGCCCUCCCGGCGGCAGGGCGCAAUUCGGCGGUGGCAGCGGGUAUCAGUACGGGCAGCCGGCUGCCGGCACAUCACUGUACGGGCCUUACCCGGCAGCGUCGGGCUCCUGCGGCGGGCUUGGGGCGCUAGGGGUGCCGGCCGCCGGCCCCGGGCUGCGGGCGCAGGUUUUCCUCUGCAACCGCCCCCUUUGGCUUAAGUUCCACCGGCACCAGACGGAGAUGAUCAUCACCAAGCAGGGCCGGAGGAUGUUUCCUUUCCUGAGCUUUAAUAUCACCGGCCUCAACCCCACGGCCCACUACAACGUCUUUGUGGAGGUGGUGUUGGCGGACCCCAACCACUGGCGUUUCCAGGGAGGCAAGUGGGUUACCUGCGGCAAAGCCGACAACAACAUGCAAGGCAACAAGGUGUACGUGCACCCCGAGUCGCCCAACACCGGGGCUCACUGGAUGAGACAGGAGAUCUCUUUUGGGAAGCUGAAGCUAACGAACAACAAAGGUGCUAACAACAACAACGCACAGAUGAUAGUACUGCAAUCUCUACACAAGUACCAGCCUCGGCUUCACAUUGUGGAAGUGACUGAAGAUGGUGUUGAAGAUGUGAAUGAUUCCUCAAAGACUCAAACAUUUAUUUUUCCUGAAACACAGUUCAUAGCAGUUACAGCAUAUCAAAACACUGAUAUUACCCAGCUCAAAAUCGACCAUAAUCCCUUUGCAAAAGGCUUCAGAGACAACUAUGACUCCAUGUACACAGCUUCAGAAAAUGACAGAUUAACUCCGUCUCCCACGGAUUCUCCUAGAUCCCACCAGAUUGUCCCUGGUGCCCGGUACAGUGUGCAACCCUUCUUCCAAGAACAGUUUGUCAACAACCUGCCCCCAGCCAGGUUUUACAAUGGUGAGAGAACGGUCCCUCAGGCAAAUGGCUUGCUCUCCCCCCAGCAGAAUGAAGAGGUGGCCAGCCCUCAGCGGUGGUUUGUUACACCCGUACAGCAGCCCAGUGCCAACAAGUUGGACAUGAACUCGUAUGAAACAGAGUAUUCUUCUAGCACCUUGCUCCCUUACAGCAUUAAGUCCCUUCCCCUUCAGACAUCCCAUGCUUUGGGAUACUACCCUGACCCGACAUUUCCAUCCAUGGCAGGCUGGGGGAGUAGGGGAUCUUACCAGCGAAAAAUGACAACAGGAUUAUCCUGGACCUCAAGAACAAGUCCUCCAGGCUUCUCUGAAGACCAGCUUUCCAAGGAGAAGGUAAAAGAAGAACUCGGCUCAUCUUGGAUAGAGACUCCGCCUUCCAUAAAGUCUCUAGAUUCAAAUGAUUCUGGAGUCUACACUGGUGCUUGUAAGAGAAGGCGACUCUCCCCUAGCACUUCCAGCAAUGAAAAUUCCCCGACUAUGAAAUGUGAGGACAUUAAUGCUGAGGACUAUAACAAAGACACUUCAAAAGGCAUGGGCUACUACGCAUUCUAUACUAGUUCUUAAAGCAUCCUUUUAUUCCAGUUGGCC